UCCGUUUUGUUACCCGCCAACUUGUUCAAAACGUCGUCCUCCAUUCCCGGACUUACUUUCUCUCUCUUCCUCCUUUCUCUCUCUAUAACUCACACCACAAAAAUGUGCAGAGAGCAAAGCACUGAACUCCAAAUCCACAAUGGCGACCCUCUCAGAGACCUACGCGUGUGUACCCUCCACCGAGCGUGGCCGUGGCAUUCUCAUCUCCGGCGACCCCAAAUCCAACAACAUUCUCUACUGCACCGCUCGAUCCGUCAUCAUCCGCAACCUCGACAACCCCCUUCAGGUCUCCGUGUACGGCGAGCACGCCUACCCCGUCACGGUGGCACGCUACUCCCCCAACGGCGAGUGGAUCGCCUCCGCCGACGUCUCCGGCACGGUUCGCAUCUGGGGGACCCACAACGAUUAUGUUCUGAAGAACGAGUUCCGGGUCCUCUCGGGUCGGAUCGAUGACCUUCAGUGGUCCUCCGAUUGCUUGAGGAUCGUCGCAUGUGGAGAAGGCAAGGGCACGUCAUUUGUUCGCGCCUUUAUGUGGGAUUCAGGUUCCACUGUUGGUGAUUUUGAUGGCCAUUCGCGGCGGGUUUUAAGUUGUGCGUUCAAACCAACAAGGCCUUUCCGCAUUGUCACAUGUGGAGAAGAUUUUUUAGCCAAUUUUUAUGAUGGUCCACCGUUCAAGUUCAAUAUGUCCAUCAGGGACCAUUCGAAUUUCAUCAACUGUGUUAGAUUUUCUCCAGAUGGGAGCAAAUUUAUUACUGUUAGCUCAGAUAAGAAAGGUAUUAUAUAUGAUGGAAAGACAGGGAAUAAACUUGGAGAGUUGUCCGCAGAGGAUGGUCACAAAGGUAGCAUAUAUGCUGUUAGCUGGAGUCCUGACAGUAAACAGGUUCUUACGGUGUCUGCUGACAAAUCUGCGAAAGUAUGGAAUAUUCUUGAGGACGGUAGUGGAACAGUAAAUAAGACUUUGGCAUGUACUGAAUCUGGGGGUGUGGAAGACAUGCUUGUUGGUUGUCUUUGGCAGAAUGAUCAUCUGCUUACUGUCUCUCUUGGUGGCGCGAUUAAUUUAUAUUCUGCUAAGGAUUUAGAUAAAAGCCCAUUGUCAUUAUCUGGUCACAUGAAGAAUGUCACCGUUUUGACUCUGCUCAACCGAAGUGAAAAGAUGCUUUUGUCCAGCAGCUAUGAUGGAGUGAUCAUUAGAUGGAUUCCAGGCAUUGGGUACAGUGGUAAGUUUGAGAGUAAACAAUUUGGAUUUAUCCACUUAUUAGCAGCUGGCGAAGAAGAAGUCAUUACUGCUGGGUUUGACAACAAGGUAUACAGAGUUCCUCUUGAUGGGGAUAAUUUUGGUCCUGCUCAGCAUGUUGAUGUUGGAAGUCAACCUAAGGAUUUGAGCCUUGCACUAAAUUCCCCUAAACUUGCUCUCAUUGCAAUUGAAUCUGGGAUUGUCUUACUUAACGGUUCAAACAUUGUCUCUACUAUAAACCUGGGCUUUGUUGUGACUGCAUCUGCUAUUUCACCUGAUGGUAGUGAAGCAAUUGUAGGUGGGCAAGAUGGUAAGUUGCACGUAUAUUCUGUCUCAGGAGAUACACUUACAGAACAGAUCGUCCUUGAGAAGCACCGAGGUGCCAUCAGUGUAAUCAGAUAUUCUCCAGACGUUUCCAUGUUUGCUUCAGCUGAUUUGAAUCGUGAAGCUGUUGUGUGGGACCGUGAUUCCAAAGAGGUGAAGCUUAAUAACAUGUUGUUUAACACAGCACGUAUUAAUUGCCUGGCUUGGUCACCUGAUAGCAGCCUGGUAGCUACCGGUUCACUUGAUACAUGUGUCAUUAUAUAUGAAAUUGGAAAGCCAGCAUCAAGCCGCAGAACCAUAAAAGGUGCUCAUUUAGGUGGAGUUUAUGGUUUGACUUUUAUUGAUCAGGAAAGAGUGGUCAGUUCAGGAGAGGAUGGUUGUGUUCGUGUUUGGAGUUUAAUCUCAGAAUAAACUUAGCAUCAGAAUCUCCCAUUGGAUGAUGUAGUUUUGUGAUAAGAAAUUGAUAGUUGUGCUGUAUCAUAUGAUGAUCUUCAAUGUUCUGCAAUGGUUAUGUAGGGGGAAAGAAAGUCAAGACUACAGUAGUUUUCUGUUGUCAACUCUUGAUAGGUUUUUCAUAGUACCGAUAAUCUUGAUACUUUAUCCGAGCUGGAUUUAGAUCUGCAGUGGUGGGGAAGUCUUAGUUAUUUCCAAAGAAAUUGGCAAUAACUUGUCUUUG